UUUAACCACUGGAGUUGUAUGGAUUACUUUUAUGCUGCCUUAAUGUGCUUUAUUGAGCUUCAACUUUUCAGACCCUGUUGACUUGCAUUUUGUGGAGAUACAGUGCUGAGAUAUUCUUCUACAAAUCUUUGUUUAUGUUCAGCAGAAGAUAGGAUAACCUGGUCAUUAAUGAAAGAAAAUCCUACAUAUAUGGGAUGGAAUGCUGGUCAGGCCUACUGGAAACUGCAUCAUUCUGACUAGAGAAUCUCUUCUGAUUGGCUGGAAAUUACAUCAUAGCAGAGUUACCAGUGAUGAUCAGGCUUUCCUUGCAGGCACAUUGUUUUCUUCCACUGCCCCCCCCCCCCCUAUUCACCCAUCUCUUUUUGUUUUUACAUUCUGGUUACAGUUCAUUUAGGACACCUUUUGCAAACAAUUUCCUUUUGUUCUUGUCUUUGUUAUUGAUUAAAGUAAUCUCGUUUGCUGCAUUUUUCACUCUGUUGCCAUGUGAAACCCUGUAUGCAUGCGCUCGAGUCUCCACCUAGCAGGCAGCUGGAUGACAUCAUUGCCAGAGUGUGAUUUGAAUAGCACAUGAGAGCUUCAGUCUCCCCUCCCCCUGCGGCCCCCUCCAGUGAUCACAUCCACCAAUGCGAGGCAUAAAAGAAGCCCACCGAGCUUCAACACCCGGCCAGUUUGUAUGGGUGGGAGAUCCUUUAUGCGGUAUUGCACAACUUAUCUGCUUACAUUGUAUUACUAGAGCUCAAAUAGAUGUUUUUUGCAGGCAAACACUGCUUUUGCUCUAUUUACUUUGAAAUUAAGGCAUUAUAACUUGGUUGGAGAAGUAUGACAGUUAAUUGUGUUUUGUGUGGGGUGACGUCAGGGUUUUUAGAUGGUUGUUAUGCCACUGGGAAAUAAAGCAGGUACAGUGUGUUCUCUUCUGCCAUUUUCAACAUCCAUAUCAGACCACUGGGAGCAUUUCCACCUCUACUUUACCUGAGAGAAUUCAACCUUGUUGUGCUUUCAAUAUGGCACAGCAAACAGGUUCAUAUAACCACCUUAGAAGCCUGAUGCUAAACUCUUAAAACUUCACGCAAGCUUUGAUGUUGUAUUUCUGAAAGUAACACUUCAAAUCCUGUUACAACAUUUUUGUACCCUCAAAAUGUUGUGUAAUGCUGUCAGAAACCAUUUAUUUGUAAAAUUAGAAAAGUGACAUGCAUUUUUGUCCAUUUAAUUAACCUAAAAAAUAAUAAUAAUUCAGUCAUCUUUUACUCACCCUCGAACUCCAAACCGUAUGACUUUAUUUCUUCCAUGUGACACAAAAGGUAAAUAUUUGAAGAAUGUUUUGGCCUGUUUUUGGAAGUGUAAAGUAAUGACACCAUAUUUGAUUUGAAAGCUGCAAAGGUGAAGAUUAUCAGUUAAUAAUGACUUACAUUUGGGUCUGUUCUUCACACAAAGCAAUUGUAUGGCUGCAGAAAUCUUGGAAUGAAGGGCAUGUGUCAUAUGUACCGCUUUUAGGAUACUUUUAUGGUCCUUUUUGUAAUUUUGGAGCUUGACAGCCUCAUCCCCCAUUCACUUUCAUUAUGCAAAAGAAAAAAUCCACUUUUUGUGUUUCACUGAAGAAAGAAAGUCAUUCAGGUUAGGAAGCAACAUCUAAUUGAAUAAAUGGUAAAAAAAAAAAAAAAAAAAAAAAAAAGUGAACUAUCCCUUUAAUUUUCUACAAACUGUCUUAAAAUGUGAAAACCCCAUUUAUUGAGUUGGCACUGCACCAGUGCCACAGAUGGACCUCAAACAGGCCCGGUCUGUCUGCCUCCAGAUAAGCAUGUUGGCAAGGAUACUGUAUCAUAGUAAUCCACAGGACUGCAGCCAUGAGUGAGUGUGUGGAUGACACAUACAUCACUGUCCUCCUCCAUUUUUAGACAUGACAUUUCAAACAGCUUUGAAACCAAACAGAACUGGUUUAACACAGGAUUCUGCACAUAAUUAAAUUCUAAACUGAGUCAAAUUAAAAAAAGAAACGCAUCUGCAAAGCAAAACAGGUUUUCAAGUCUUUAUAUUUGCUUUUGGUCAAGAUUUGCUGUUUCCACUUGCUAACAGUUAGUUCUCAGAUAUCAAAAAAUAUUAUUAUUGUACAUUCUGUUUCCUUUUUAAAUGUAUUAAUUUAUAUUUAAUCAUUUCUUUAUUAUUUAAAAAUUAGUAUGAUUCUUCUGUUUAUAACGGCAUAAAUCUAUGCUCCCUCCAUUUCUGUUUCUCAACAAAGAGUUAACCACCCCCUAUCUGCACUCCCAACCAUUCCAGCCCAUCAGAAGCUUGCAUCCCUCUCGGCCAAUCACAGAGCUGGAAGGUGAUGUCAUGCUUUAUCUAGCAGAGGUGGUGCUGAUGCUGCCAGGUUGAGCAUCCAAACAGCAGCAGACUGUCAGACUGAGUGUGAGGACAAGACAGACAGAAUCACGCACUUAACCGGAUCAGCUGAGUUGCCUUGGUGAACUUGAAGGAAAGAUGACUCUUGCAGCGUACAGAGAGAAGAUGAAGGAGCUCCCCCUAGUGUCUCUGUUCUGCUCCUGCAUUUUGCCAGAACCGCGGGAAAAGACCACAAAGAAAACACAAGAUGUAGUGGAUCUCAACCUGGGCAUUAUUAAAGACAUGGAGGUCAUUGAGAUAAACAAGCGAUCAUCUGGUCAGGCCUUUGAGGUCAUCCUCAGACCACCAUCCUUUGACGGUCAGAGAGAGUUUCAUCCCACCUUCCCACCACGCAGGGACCCCUCGUUGGAAGAGAUCCAGAAAAAACUAGAUGCAGCUGAUGAGAGAAGAAAGUGUCAAGAAUCUGAGCUUCUGAAGCACUUGGCUGAGAAGAGAGAACAUGAACGGGAGGUGGUCAAGAAAGCCAUAGAGGAGCACAACAACUUCAUCAAGAUGGCCAAAGAAAAGCUGGAUCAAAGAAUGGAGAUGAACAAAGAGAACAGGGAGGCCCACAUCACCGCCAUGUUAGAGCGUCUCCAGGAGAAGGACAAACAUGCUGAGGAGGUGCCUUGAGGUCUUCUCACAACACAUGCUGAUCAUAUAGGAGACCAUUCACCAAAGGACUGACUAUCAUGCUAAGCUUAUUAGCUUGGAACAUAAGAGAUCAGGACUCUGAAAGCAGAUUAUGAUAUUGUUAUAUCGUUGUAAGGUACGAUGGCCAUGUUUUCAGAUGAACAGAACUGGCCAGACAACAAAGAUUGUGAUGGAAUCUUUACUACCUUAAUCUGAGAAAACACGGAGAUGUGUUGCUGAGCUCGUAUGCCAACAGUGCCAAAAAUGAGAGAAUGUGAGUGGUAACUUUGUGUGUUCGUGAGUAGAUGGGUGACGCUUGAAAGGUUUCAUGUACUUUGAUCAUGUGGAUGCAGUCAAUCUGUUGAACCUCUAUUUUUGGUAAACUGCUUUUGCCGCUGUACAUAUGUUCACAUGCCUCAUAAUCAGCUGGUGUCUGAUUUGUAUAUAUAUAUUCAAUGCUGUAUAGAAAUUGUAAAAUAUUUUUUAGAGGCAGUGAAAAUUAAAGGACUGCUGGUAUGUUUUUGUCCUUGUGACUUUUUCAGGGCCAUUAUAGUGUGAAACAUUUGAUAUAUGGAUUUAUAUUUUAUAAAAGUGCUUCAAAGAUAACACACUGAAAAAAAAUGUUGACUUAACCCUUGUGCAACCUUUGGGACAUUUUUGUCUUUUUCAUUUAAUUUUUUUUCGAUCAUUUUGGCUGUUUUAAUGCCAACGGCAUACAUUUUGCCAAAUGUGUGUCUUUUUCAACCUCAAGGAACAGUUCCUAUAAUACAUCUAUAAUACACUGUGUACACAACAUAGUUACAAUCAGGACCUUAAGGACAAAAUGUCCCCAUUGAAACCAAUGAAAAAUGCAAUAUUUGAUCCAAAUGCCAUUAAAGCAUAAAAUCAUGAAUUAUAUGAUAUUAUGCUUUCAUUCCAGAGCCCUGGUUUCAAAAUUUAAAUGUUUAAUAUUUUCCACCAGAUGGUGCCAUUUUUCUCAUGUUUAGCCUAUGGAGCAAAUACAUGCUUUUUCCCUAUUUUCUGUUUGCUGUAUUAUAGAAUGCUGCAGGCCAAUUCAAUAAAUGAUG